GCUCCCUGCACACAGGCCGGAGUUCUCCGCCCCCUGGGAGUGUCCCCGAAGAGCAGCAGCAGAUCGCUCGCCAGGGCUCCUACACCAGCAUCAACAGCGAAGGGGAGUUCAUUCCAGAAACGAUGGACCCAAAUGUGCUGGAGUCAUUUAUCAGCCCGGAUGACUCUCUCUCAGGAAGUUGUCAAUCUUUGGACAGAUCCAUAGACAGCCCACGCCCUUUAGCAAACCCCUCCCAAGGAGGGACAAGCCAAACCAAAGACAGCCUGGAUUGUUUAGGGACUAUGGCCAUUAGGACCUUCCCGAGAUUCGUCCCGGAGAAUCUUUUUUCCAGCUUCGUGCCGUCCAGCGGAUCGGAAGCUAGCGGAGAUAACAAGCUCAUCACGUUGCGGUAUGAAGAUGUGAGACGCGAGAUGCUGUAUCUAAACUGCGUGGAAAGCCAGAUCACCGAUCUACAACUGGUGGGCCGGGGACUAUCAAUUAGGAGCUUUUCAAUGAGGGCUAGAAACUUGGAAAUGAGCGCCGCGCUGCAGGCCCCAGUGAACUGGAGGCUGGGAAAGCUGCUGGGCCGGGGGGCCUUUGGAGAGGUUUAUCUUUGCUACGAUGUGGACACUGGCCGGGAACUCUCAGUGAAGCAGGUGCCCUUUGACCCCGACAGCCAAGAGACGAGCAAAGAAGUGAACGCCUUAGAAUGUGAGAUCCAGCUGUUGAAAACCCUCCGCCAUGAGCGGAUAGUCCAGUAUUACGGCUGCUUGCGAGACCCCGAGGAGAGGAAACUGUCCAUCUUUGUGGAAUACAUGCCAGGGGGCUCCAUCAAAGACCAGCUGAAAGCGUACGGGGCUCUGACGGAGAACGUCACCCGGAGGUACACCAGACAGAUCCUCCAAGGAGUUUUCUACCUGCAUAGCAAUAUGAUUGUACACAGAGAUAUUAAAGGUGCCAACAUUUUGAGGGAUUCUUCUGGGAAUGUGAAACUAGGAGAUUUUGGUGCCAGCAAACGGAUUCAGACAAUCUGCAUGUCUGGAACAGGGAUGAAGUCCGUCACAGGGACUCCGUACUGGAUGAGCCCUGAGGUGAUCAGCGGGGAAGGAUACGGAAGGAAGGCCGACAUUUGGAGCGUGGGCUGCACUGUGGUAGAGAUGCUGACUGAGAAGCCACCCUGGGCGGAAUUCGAGGCUAUGGCCGCCAUUUUCAAGAUCGCAACACAGCCCACGAAACCUCAGCUUCCCGAUGGUGUCUCGGACUGCUGCCGCAAUUUCCUCAAGAUAAUCUUUGUGGAAGAGAAGCGGAGGCCCACGGCGGAAGAAAUUCUGAGGCACUCUUUUGUGAACUUCAGCCUUUAGUUAGGCCUCCCUGCGUGAGGUGGGGCAAAAGCCAAAGGUCCACACAAUAACUGUGGGGGUGAGCCAAGUAAAACAAACAAACAUAUGUCCGUGUAAAUUCAGCCUCAUCGGCUCACUUCCAGACAUGCUGCAUUGUUGCCAGUCAAGCCUUAUUGAACAAGAGGCGGCCAUCUUGCCUUUUCCUAAGCCGCACUUAACGGCCAUCUUGGCUGUGGAGACUGAUGAGUCUUUGAGAUGGAGGGAUUUGGGGAACUGAGAUGAUGAUGCUUGCACUAGGAUGAACUGCCUUGUGGCCACCGUAGGGUUGUCUCACUUGUGUAGCUUCCUCGUGAAGCCCUCGUGAGUUUGACCAGCCGCCAAAGAACAAAAUGAAGGAAGUUAGCCACCAUUUUGUCAGCCCCCCCCCCCCCCCGGUAAUGUUUCUUUGGAGCUGCCAAAUAGAGAGCCAAACUCAUCGAUGGAAGGACGGGUGUUAAAAUGGAGUCCAUUGUGAUGUUGGAAGAGAAACUGCCGGAAGUCCAGUGCUCACAGAAGUGUCUCUGGCUGCCUAGUGGAAGCAGGAGAGCCAAGAACAUUGCUUGUAGGUCACCGGCAGCAAUUAUGCUCACAGCAGUGAUCAAAUGUGAAGUGGUCACGCCAGAGACUUGACUGUGGAUUAAGUUGAACAGAAUAUCGUAGAAAGGUAGACCUUGCAACGACCUUUGGGGGCUACCUAUCCCUCUCGUGGUCUCGAAGUAGUAUUGGUUUUAUAUGUGUAUAUAUAACCCACAACAGAAAUGUUUCUUUCAUCUGUUGUUAGAAGUCCCCCACAAUGGAGAUGUUUGCCAGUCUCCCUCUGUGCAGGUGCCAAGGCUGAGGAUAUCUCAGAGGCUUUGAUGAUGCAAGAAGAGGGCUGGGCAACUUCUUCCAGGAACCAAGUGCCCAGACUGAGGGAAAUCAGCGGGUCUGCUUAUCUCUCUAACCCUCCUAGCACCCGGUUGACUCUUAUUUCCAGACCAGGUCUCUAUAUGGCCUGUAGUGCUCUCCUUUGACCAGCAGGGAGCCAAUACCUAACCCAUAAUGCUCUGAGAUUGAGCCCUAGGCUGUUCAGUGUAUUUUAUUGUCUGAGUCCCUGUGUUCUGAUACAGUCAGAGGUAUGCCUUGCAAAACUUCCUAUUCCAAGCAGGCCUUGCCCAGCAUAAUUACAAAGGUGGGGGUGCUAGCCCCCCUUCCCAGAGAUGGGAGAUCCCCCAACCUGACCCGCCACUGCCAACUAGCUCCUUGGUGGGAGACUUACUGGCAAGGAAAGUAGACUUAGGCCACUGUCACCAGUAAUGUGACAAUGUCACUCCCAGUAUAUACACUACGACAUCAUCAUGUCAUGAAGACACUCUGAUAUUUCAGCAAAACUCUAUGGUAAAAGCCUUUUUUUUUAACCAUAAAGUUUUUACCCUAAUACCAGAGCAACACUGGGGACGCGAUGAUGUCACUUCCGGUGCAUACCAGAAGUGAUGUAAUCACAUUGUCAGUGAUGACACCUCUUGCUCCUGGAGAAUCUCCCCCCCCCCCCCAAUACACCAGUUGGUCUCCUAUACAAAAGACUUGUUUAAAUGUUCAGAUCUUUGGUUGGGUAUCAGAGCCGGCUCACCAUUCCGACAGCUUCUCAGGUGGUCAAUUGAGGUGGGCUUCAGAAUCCCUCGGGAGGAAGUGACAGGUGAUAUUCCUCCUUGGGAGAUGAAAUACUUUAAAGCCUCCCUGGAUGGUAUCACUUGUACCAGCAUUACACAUGCCCAGUAAGGAAUUUAAAAAUUCUUCGAACAGUCUC